AUGGAGAUUCAAGCGCAAGACACGAAAGCCGCAAGGCAAUUCCCGAAUCAAGACCAAACUGAAGCCCACCUGGCUCUUGAUAAUCAGGUUACGGAUCAAAGACAAGACGACUAUGGGCAGGAAGGACAACCCAAAACGAAGAUCCAAGACGAAAAAGAUGUUCGAGAGUCAGAGUCACUACUUCAUACAUUUAAAGAUGAUAGAGAGGCCAUCACUCCCGCCCAUGGACUAGGAUCCCGCGAUGCGUGCUCCCAGCAACCAAUGGAAACGCAUAACAAUGACACGGAUGGACCAGAAGUCAUAUACCUAUGCGAUCACCUUGGCUCUCGCUAUGUCUUUCCGUUUGAGCAUUGCUCCUCAAAAGAGGAUAUCGAGCCACUUUGGAAAGAAAUCUACGCAGAAACAGACGAAAGCUACCUCGACAAAAUCAAUGAGGGAACCUAUAAGGUAGAAAAUGUCAAAGGCGCUAACAUCUUGCCGAGUGCUUGGAGUAAGCUUGUCACACCCGGUUCGACAAUCCGGAUCGUAUUUGUCGAUCGCUCGGCAAAUUCUCCACAGUCAGGGCCGCCGUUGCGGGCUCGUCUAGGAGACACCCUGGAAGGUCAUGGGACUGGUGGUCCCAGAGUCUUGCGUACUGUUACUUUUGAAGAACCACGGUCCGUAUCGCCAUCGUCAAGAUCAGAAACCGUUGCCACUGCAGAAAGCGAUGUGGUUGGAGAUGUUUUCAAAGAUGACUUUUUGGGAGAGGACUCUACCGACUACGAGUCUAGUGAAAGCGAGAUGUCGAGUAAUGAGGAGAUACCGACUCCAGAGGACUACAUACAUUCAUCGGUUCCUCGCUCCAUCGCGACUCCAGUUGAUGCUGAGGGCAAAGUGCUUUCAUUCAAGGCGCAGAUCAAGCAGCCAAGACGCAGCAACAUGCUAAAUCACGACUUGGAGAUACAUGGAGAGAAGAAGGCAAUAUGUAAAAGUGAUGUUGAAACUUGGAAGAUCACGAAGGCAAUGAUGACAGAGUUUGAGGGCCGAUAUGUACUCCAAAUUCAUACAUUACCCGGCCCAGAGAAUGCUCGGCUACAGGAAGGUGUGAGAACAACAUGGUAUCACAUUCAGGCUUCGCGGCUCGACUUUGAGAGAUUCCAAGACGUUUGUUUGUCCAUACCAGGCCUUUCAGACCGGCUGCUGGCGCGCACUCGCGCAUUAUUGACAAAGGUUUAUACGGAGAAAGUCAAACCCUUCUUGGGUGGAAGAUUCAUUGAGCCCGGAACUGUCCUCCGAGUCGAUGAUCCAGAUGGGUCUGACUCUCAACCUGUCAUUUUCAGCUGCGUACCAUAUCUCAGUCUCGAGCCACCAGAAAAACAAGGCUCAGAAGCGAACAAGUCUUGUUUUCCACCUCAUACACUCAUGCAGGCAAUGUAUCCGUACGAACCAGUACGAGAGCGAGAUGAAGAGCAGUCUUGCAGGAAGUUCAGCGAUGAUCGCUCUGGUAACGUGGUCCAUGUCCCUAGUUUGUGGAUGAUGAAUAUUGGACCUGGUGUAGUCGUAAGCCACGGACAUCGACCUCUGUCCUCAUAUAUGGAUGGGUCUAUCAACGUCGUUCAGGAGAACAUCAAGCCAACUAGUAGGCAAGAUAUCAAAAAGACCCCCCUAACAUCAGUCACUAUCACUGAUCAAGGUGGUCAGACACUCAUGUUUCCUGUUGGAAGUUUCAGGUCCUACUUCCAGUUAGAAGCAACAGCCUACGAGCUUGUAAACAACUACAUGACCAAAGCUGGCAUACCAGAAAGCAAGUUCCAUUUACGAUAUGAGACUUUGAAAGAAAGCACGACGAUUCGUCCUGGAGACUGGAGGGAAAUUGUCAACCGAGCAGCUGAUCAUGUUUCAAUCAACAUAAAUAUAUCAGAAGGCCCAGAGGAUGAGAAGUCAGCGAGAGAUUCUCUCAACGGGUCUGCGUCAGCAUCCGCGGCUGCAAGGUCUACGACGUCUAUACCACCAUUUUUUCAUUGGCCAGAUCCAACUCGUAAUACUAUACACCAAGGCGCAAAAAAGCCUACAGCUCUGGGAAAGCCUGACAAAAAACCGAUUACCUAUUUAGAGCAGGUGGAAGUGGCUAUGUUAUCGGAGACCCUCGAUCCCUUAGAAACGACAGACCACGGUGUCGAUAACGCUUUCACCUCUACCGACUACUACCGGUCUUUGCCAGAGAGAAUGCAAAUGGAAUCCGGUGAUAGCUUGUCCGAUCUCAAAGAUCGCGUGGAACUAGCAAAAAUACCGAAACGUGGCGCUACGUUCCACCAAACUGUCGUUUGCAAUCAACGCAUUGGCAUUCUAGAGCAAUCAAUCGAACUUCUUAAUGUUGUUCAAGAAACUUUGAAGCUAUGGGUGAGUGACCUCGACAGCGCCUGCGUUCUCCGUAAACUCUCGGGCGCUCUGGAUAAUGUUAGGGAGUGGGCAGUCAUCAUCGAUCAACGCGGUUCUAUAGAAUACUAUUUUGGCGAAUACUCCGAUACCAACCAGGAGCAUCCUGCUACGACGGAAUGUGCUUGGGUUCUUCGCACUGGUCAUAGGCCUUUUCUACUAUCGAUCCCAGAUGGAAAUACGAAACUGGCAAGAUCAAUGGCACGGUGUAAGCGGUGCCAAUCUUUGAAAAGAUACUAUAGUCCACAAACUGCAUUUGAGCAUUUGCAGCGACACAAAAGGUUUAAUCGCGUUGGAAAACCUGCCAAUACGAAAGAGAGAGGAUGUACGACAACUCCCGAUGGGGAACAUGCUGGUGUCGCUAGUAUUCCAAAACUCCAGGACUGGGUUAUGAGUCCUGCGCACUUUUGGCUUGAACAUACAAACGCUGGAACCUUGAGAAUACUCACCCAAGCAUGUGCGACUGCAAGGGAAAUUCUCGUCGAAGCUCAAGAAAUUGUUGACGGAGUGCAAAAUGAAGAUGGUCGAAUGUCGUCUUUGUAUAGCCUGCCAAAAGAACUUGUUGAAGCGUUUCGGAGAAUCGUGAUCUUUUAUUUGGCGAUCGAGCGAGCUCUAUGGCAGACUCGCCAGAUCUACGAUGAUGACGCUCAAUCAGGGAAAUCCGCUCAUCUUACUUUCGCUCCAUAUUCGGAUGCAGGACUCGAAGUGCUAGAACGAUUUGGUAACGGCGCGAAACUGUCGCUGUUUAGCGCUCGGCAUGCGCUGAAGCAGAUGGUCAAGUCGAAUCAACCACUGGACGUCCUUAAGCACCUCUCCUUAGGACCGGAAUAUGCCUGUGCAUGGUUGAUGAGGCGGUUGUUUGCCAAACCUCUCGAAGAGAGUAGGACUGCGGGCGAUAUGUACAGAAACUACGUUUCCAAAGUUCAAUUCGAAGUCAACCAUCGACCAAGCAAGCGCCUCGUCCGCUCUAUCAAUCUUAUCCAGGAGGAACUGCAAAUCCUGAUAUCAGUGAACAGAUGGCAAAGCACUGUUGUCCAGAACUACUUGAGCGUCCUCGAUGAUUCCAUGUAUGAAAAAGCCAUACCAGCCCGCCGAGGCAUGUUUCCGUAUGAACGUAUUCUCGUUCAAAACUGCCUAGACCAAUUAUCUCUGGUUCGGGAGGAUUACAUUGAUUUAAUUUCGCGUUGUACUCCACUCUCCGACCGUACAAAGCAGAUGCUCGAGAUUAAUGAAGAAGAUCAUGGCAAAGCCAUCAUGGUCUUCACGGUUGUCACAGUCAUAUUCCUACCACUAUCGUUUGUAACGAGCUAUUUCGGUAUGAACUCUUCAGACAUCAGGGAUAUGAACCAAAAGCAGGACUUGUUUUGGUCUGUCGCUAUACCACUCACAGUGGUUACGGUGGGGUCCUGCCUACUCAUCGGUUAUAAUGGGAACGAACUGCGGGAUAUGAUCUCAUCAUUUUAUCGAACAGUCAUGGGCAAAGAGAAGAGAAUGAUCGAGGCUUAUGGCAUGGGUGUACCGCAACGUAAACGUAUACCGAAAUUUCCAAGCGAAUCAGGCGGCAGAGUGGAUUCGUUCAAUCCCGCUUAUGACGCUGAAUUCACCAGUCCCCGAUUCGGACUACAAAGAAGGCCAUACGACUUCGAGGCGGACGACGACUGGUACGACUCGCCCUACAACUCCACACCACUGAACAGGCUACCAGGUCCCCCUGUUUUCCGGCCUAUGCCUAUGACAAGCAGCGAUGAAUCGCGUUAUUUCCUAGAAAACGACGGUUUGAAGAACAAAACAGGAGUAUACCAUCGAAGAACAAAUUACUAUGAUGGAGCUUACACAGCUCCGCGGGACCAAGACCGAAUGGGGUACGACCAAUACCGCUACGUUCGCCGCAGCAGCAUCGAUAAUCUAUCGCGCAAUCCCCCGUCAGUCCGGUCAGUUCACAUACCCCCACCAAUACCGCCUUAUGGAUUCGCAAGCAAGAAGUCACGAAGCCGGAGUAGGAGUAGGAAUGAACACGGCCAAGUUGGCUCGAGGGACACUUUCUUUCAUUGA